AUGGCGCCGUCCUUGGUCGUCUCGGCGAGGCAUGCCCACGCUGUGGCCCACCGGAGAGGUCGCAGGCAGCGUGUGGUCGUCGCCAGUUCCGGUGGCGCCGGUCCGCCGCCGAAGCUGGUGACCUUCCUCGGCAAGGGCGGCUCCGGCAAGACUACCGCGGCCACCAUCGCCGCUCAGUAUUAUGCAAGUGAAGGCUUCAAGACAUGCCUGGUUGUUCAGUCCCAAGAUCCUACCGCGGAGCAAUUGAUGGGCAGUAAAAUUGGGAAUUCUCUGACCGAGUGUGCGGCCAAUCUCUCGGCCAUGAAGCUGGAGACUAGUAAGUUGCUGCUUGAACCCCUGGACCGGAUGAAGAAGGUUGACGCCCAGGUCAAUUUUACUCAAGGAAUCCUUGAAGGGAUUGUAGGAGAGGAACUUGGAGUUUUACCUGGAAUGGAUUCAAUCUGUUCAGUCUUAGCUCUUCAGAAGCUCCUUCACUUCUUUUCAGCUGGAAGGAGUAAUUCACAACCAGAAUUUGAUGUGAUCGUGUAUGAUUGCAACAAUACGGAGGAAAUUCUGCGGCUGAUAGGUGCUACUGAUCGAGCAAGGUCUUACUUGAGGUAUGUGAGGGACCUAGCUGAGAAGACUGACAUGGGAAGACUUGCUUCUCCUUCAUUACUGAAACUAGUAUAUGAUUCUGCAAGGCCAAGUGGCAAAACUAGUGAGGGGAGACUUAGUACAGAGAUAUGGAAUGAAAUCGAACAACUACUUGAGAAAGUCUCAGUAUGGUUUGCCAAUCCUUCAAAACUUGCAUGCUUCCUUAUCAUGGAUCCUAGGAGAUCAAUCUCUGUAUCCUCUGCAUUACGAUACUGGGGUUGUACCACUCAAGCUGGCGGUCAAAUAUGUGGGGCAUUUGGAUAUACUGAAGACCCUUCUGAAAUGCACCAAGAAGUUGCUCAAAAGUUCUUGCCGUUGUCUUUGUCGUUUCUGCCAUUUCUCCCAAAUGAUUCUUCUGCAGAUUGGAGCAGAGCACUAAGCUCAUUGAGCCAAAAUGCAAAGGAACAGCUGAGGAAUACGUCCACCUUGGUGUAUCCUUCAGUCAGUUUUGAUUCUGUUCAGAAAUCUGUAACCCUUUUCAUGCCAGGUUUUGAUAAGUCUGAAAUCAAGCUAUAUCAAUAUAGAGGUGGAUCAGAACUGUUGAUCGAAGCUGGAGAUCAGAGGCGCGUCAUAAAAUUGCCACCUACAAUGCAGGGAAAGGUCGGAGGUGCCAAAUUCGUGGACAGGAACCUCGUUGUUAGCAUCCGCCUGAAUUUUGUGGUGCUGUUCGUUUCAACUUUCAACCAAAGUGAAACUGCACAAUCCUACUAUUUUCUGAAGAAGAGGUGCGCGAUACUGAGAAAAUUGUAA